AUGGAGCGAAGUGAAGAGUUUGGGCGGGAAUUUUCACCAGUAACCGUCGCCGCCGACCUUCUCCAUCUAAUAAAUGAAUGUGAUCAGAGAUGCCUCUAUGAGGCGAGUAGGUGGUAAGUUUUCUGUUCAUCUUAUUCUUCAUUAUGUUCUUCAACUUUUAGGGCAAGUGAGCAGCUUGUUUACAUGGAAGAAAGUGUAAAUAACAGCUUAGAUUUUGAUGUAGUCAGGCCAGCAGUGGAAAGCAGCGGCCACAAGAGGAUUUCUAUGGAUUUCGCGAGGAAAUUGAUUCAGAAUUGUGAAUACUACCGAGCACGACAGUUCCUUCAAAAAACUAAACGGGAAACACCAGUUGAAAACUUUUUAUACUUCUUUUCGUGGUACAUGGUAAGCUUUUUGAUGUUUUUGGUUGGUCUUUAGGUUUUUGUAUGAAUGUGGUCUUGAAGUAUGUCUUAUUAGGUGGACUGAGGGUUUAUCUAGCUAGAUGGAAGCAAGGUUUAUCAUUCUUCAGCUUUUAAAAUACUUUUCGGAGAUGUUUUCGAUCAAGCUUUCUAGUGUAAUAUAAAUUAAUGUCGUGCAUUUUUGACAAGCUCUGGAUAUAUGUUUUGCUCGUAAAUUAUGUUGUCAGGAGCCAUAUGAGAACUUUUUAGAUGCAAAUCUUGAGGAUGCGAUUUGCCCCUUGACGUAUUUUACCCAUUUUUCUUCAUCUAUCAAGUAUAAUAUAAAAUUUUUAGAUCUGCCAGCGAAAACGAGCUGAGAAGGAGAUAGAAGACCUCGAAAAGAAGGAGAAUCAGAAUGAUGAGCAAUUUUUUGAGCUCUGCAAGGAGAUUGAGCGUCUAUAUCGAAAGAAUCCCGAGACUUUUGACGCCUACUUGUUGUACUUGUAAGUUCUUAAAAUUUCUUGUGAAAUUCCGCUUUUAGGCUCGCCCAGAUAAAACAGGAUGGCCAACAGACCAAAGAGGCCAAGAAAUUGGUCUUGUCCGCGUUGGAAAUGGACGUCCGAUGCUGGCCGGCAUGGGAUUUGUUGUCCAGAAUUUGCACUGAAGCCGAUUUUGUGAGUAUUUUGAUUUUUUUUCUUUGAUUUUUAGGUAAUUUGAAGGAAAAUCUAUUGGAUUUCAGACGGAUCUAGAGCAAAAGCCGGCGUAUCGGACCUGGCAAUACAUGGUUUUUGCCGCCGAAGCUGCUGGCCGUCUUCAAUUACUCACAAUGGCCAAAGAUUUCUUCACUGAGAUUAGCGAGACGAUUUUUACGAGUCAUCCAUACGUCCUGUGUUCCAUUGCGACUAUCAAAAUUAAUCUUCAAGGUGAAAAUUUGGAAAAUUUUAUAUUAUUUUAGGUAUCAAGAUUAGAUUUUUCGUCGAAUUUUUGGGUAAAAGUUAACUUUUGAUGUUGCUACUGAUGGAUAAAGUAAUGUUUUGUCUUUCAGAAAACCAAAGCGCAUUGGAAUUCUUUGGACGCGUCCGAAAAUUGGAUCCGUACAGAAUUGAUCAGAUGAAUUUGUACUCAAACGCCCUAUUUAUACGCGACGAAGAGCUGAAACUCACGGAACUUGCCGAUUUCUUCGAUAACAGCCAUCGAUUCACUUGGGAGAACUGCAUUAUUCUGGGUGAGAAAAUUAUAUUAUACUUGGGUGAUUGCACCGUGCAAAAAAAAUAUUUUUGGAAUUGCACAGUGCAAAAAAUUUUUUUUUUGGAUUAUUGCAUAGUGCGAAAUUUUUGGACUGCACUGUGCGAAAUUUUUUAACUGCAUGGUGCGAAAUUUUUGAACUGCAGGGUGCAAUGAAUUUUUGGAUUAUUGCACCGUGCGAAAAAAAUGUUUUUGGACUGCACAGUGCGAAAUUUUUGGACUGCACUGUGCGAAAUUUUUUGACUGCACGGUGCAAUGAAUUUUUCGAUUAUUGCACCGUGCAAAAUUUUUGAACUGCGCAGUGCGAAAUUUUUGGACUAUUGCACCGUGCAAAAAAAAUAUUUUUGGAUUAUUGCACGGUGCGAAAUUUUCAAACUGCACGGUGCGAAAUUUUUUGGCUGCACGGUGCGAAAUUUUUUGACUGCACAGUGCGGAAUUUUUGGACUAUUGCACCGUGCAAAAAAAAUAUUUUUGGAUUAUUGCACGGUGCGAAAUUUUUUGGCUGCACGGUGCGAAAUUUUUUGACUGCACAGUGCGAAAUUUUUGAUUGCACAGUGCAGAUUUUUUAAAUGUUUGCACAGUGCGGUUUUUUUAAAUUUUUUUUCUGAAGUUUUUUUAGGAUUCUUAGACAUACAAUUAACUCCACGAUUAGUUGUACAAUAAGUUUUACUCGACCUAUUAUACACUAAUUUUCGUUUCGAUUUCAGCCAACUACUACAGUAUCCGAAAAAUGCACGAAAAAGCGAUCGAAUUCCUCCGGAGAGCCAUCAGACUCCGGCCGGAAGACUCACAGACCUUUAUCUUGUUGGGCCAGGAGCUUUUGCAGACCAAGGAUCAUCAAGCAGCGACCUUGGCCUACCGCCAAGCCAUUGGUAAGUAUUAGUUAAUUAAUUUUGGGUCUUGACACGAAAACUUGAUGUUAAAAAAUGUUGGAAUUGGUGAUUUUAGAAGGUUUAGGGGGUCUGUUUAUGGAUUGGGCCCGGUUUUGUCCCCACCCCGGUUUUGUCCCCAAGACGGUUUUGUCCCCAGGAUGUUUUUGUCCCCACUUUUUUCGAGCCUUUUUGUCCCCAGACCGGUUUUGUCCCCAGGACGGUUUUGUCCCCAAGACGUUUUUGUCCCCACUUUUUUAUUUUUUUGUCCCCAGACCGGUUUUGUCCCCAGGACGUUUUUGUCCCCAAGCUGGAUAGUACGAUUAAAAAUUAUGCAUUCAGAUGUUAAUGCUUUUAGUUUGGUGCACAGUACUGAUCAAGCAACAUGUUCUUAGCACUUGGUACUGUAUAGUACAAGGUGGUACUAUAUAGCACGAGGUAAAAAUUAAGCCAUAACGCGUUAAUGCUGUUGGUUUGAAGCCCCGGACUUCUCAAAAAAUGUCUUUUUAGCACUUGGUAUUAUAUAGUACAAGGUGGUACUAUAUAGCACGAGGUAAAAAUUAAGCUAUAACGCGUGAAUGACGUUGUUUUGGUAUGCACUACUGACCAGACGUUCAUUUUGUGCAAAAACAAAUUCGUGCUAUAUAGUACCAUGUGCUAAAACACAUUUUUGAGAAGUACUGGGCUUCAAACCCAUAGCAUUGACGUGUUAUGGCUUAAUUUUUACCUCGUGCUAUAUAGUACCACAUCGUACUAUACAGUACCAAGCGCUAAGAACAAGUUGUUUGAGCAGUACUGUGCACCAAACCAACAGCAUUAACAUCUGAAUGCAUAAUUUUUAAUCGUACUAUCCAGCUUGGGGACAAAAACGUCCUGGGGACAAAACCGGUCUGGGGACAAAAAAAUAAAAAAAAGUGGGGACAAAAACGUCUUGGGGACAAAACCGUCCUGGGGACAAAACCGGUCUGGGGACAAAAAGGCUCGAAAAAAGUGGGGACAAAACGUCCUGGGGACAAAACCGGUCUGGGGACAAAAAGGCUCGAAAAAAGUGGGGACAAAAACGUCCUGGGGACAAAACCGUCUUGGGGACAAAACCGGGGUGGGGACAAAAACGUCCACUACGGGUCUGUUUAUGUGUUGGCCGAUUUUUUUGACGAAAUUUGAGGUAUUUUUGAGAUUUUUGGGUCCCGCCACGAUUUCCCUGAUUUUCAGGGGAAUUGCGAAAAAGUUGAUUUUAAAGCUGUCUGAGAUGCUGGAAGUGUUGUAAAUAGCUUGGAUUAUGUUUUCACAGGGACAAUGAACAUAUUUCACACAAAAAAUUUGAUUUUUUGCGGUAUUUUUGGCUUAAUUUACCUAAUUUUUCAUCUUUAAUUCUAGCGCUUGACCCCAAGUCCUUCCGCGCCUGGUACUGCCUGGGCCAACUCUACGAGAUCCUCAAACUCCCAGCCUUUGCACUUUACUACUACCAACAGGCGGUUCGUUACAAACCGACCGAUUCGAGAAUGCUGAUCGCCACGGGAGUGAUGCUGGUAAAGCUGAGGCGAUACGAGGACGCCGAAAAAUGCUUCAAAAAAGCCUUCCAGAUCGGAGAUGUGGAAGGAAAUGCAUUGACGGAGCUGGGAAGGUAGAUUUUUUUUAGUUUUGAAAAUUUUGCCUGAGGCGAUUUUUUUGAAAAUUGGGAUUUUUUGAGGAAUUUUGGAAAAUUUUGAGAGGGAAUUGAACUCAUUUUGAGUAAAAAUAUUUUUAGGCUAUAGGUAGUAACGUAAUUUUUUCAAAAAUUAGAAAAAUCAAAAAAUUUUUUUUUGUUUUUUCAGCUUAUAUGAACACAUGAAACGAUACGAUCAGGCAGCCCGAGCCUAUGAAUAUUUCCUGAAAUUGUAUUGCGAUGAAACGAAAGAUGUUGCGGUAUGUUUUUGAAAUUUUUUUGAGAUUUUUUGAAAAAAUUUUUUUUUGAGUUUGGCUAUUUUUUAAAUUAAAAAUUCAUUUUUAUCCUUUAAAAUUAUUUUUAAAUAUUUUUUCAAAUUUAUUUCCAGUAUGGCGACGUUUUUGAAUUUUCUUUUGAGAUUUUUUGAAAUUUUUUUUUAAUUUUGGCUGAUUUUUGGAAUAAAAAUCCAUUUUUUACCCCUGAAAACUAUUAUUUUAUUUUUUAUGAAAAUUUAUUUCCCGUAUGGCGACGUUUUUAAAAAUUUUUUGAGAUUUUUUGAAAAAAAAAUUUUUGAAUUUGGCUAUUUUUUUCGAUUAAAAAUUCAUUUUUUAUCCUUGGAAAUUAUUUUUAAAUAUUUUUUUUCAAAUUUAUUUCCAGUAUGGCGACGUUUUUGAAAUUUUUUUGAGAUUUAAAAAAAAAAAUUUUUUGAAUUUGGCUGUUUUUUCGAUUAAAAAUUGAUUUUUUAUCCUUGAAAAUAAUUUUUUUUUAUUUUUUAUGAAAAUUUAUUUCCAGUAUGGCGACGUUUUUGAAAAUUUUUUGAGAUUUAAAAAAAAAUUUUUUUUUGCAUUUGGCUAUUUUUUGAACUAAAGAUUUUUUAUCCCUGAAAAUUAUUCUUUUUUUAUUUUUUAUGCAAAUUUAUUUCCAGUACGGCGACGAGGACACGAUCGCAUCGGUGUGCAAAUUCCUGUCCAGCUACUAUUUCCAUCGGGACGAGCUCCAAAAGGCCUACGAAUACGCGCAAAGAUGCCUGCACUUUGACAAAACCAAAGAACACGCCGCCCAAAUGCUAAGGAACAUCAAAAUCGAACGCUCGAAAGACAUCCAAGCCCCGGUCAUUGACCAAAACACAGCGGACAUGAGCCUGAUCCUAGAUGCCGGAAUGAAUUCGUUUGUUCAUCAGUCGACACCAGCUGGCCCUCCGCAAAGCUCAAGGUGCGUUUGGAGGGAAUUUGGGGGAGUUGAGAGAAAUGGGAGCGAAAAUUUGAGUUUUGAAAGGAUUUUUGGGAAAAUUAAUUUUUUUUGCGUAAAAAAGGAGUUGAAAUUGGUGAUUAUAGAUGGUAAAGGUAUGUGUUGGGACUGUGGAAAACUCUAGAAAUGAGUUUUAGUACAUCGUGCAACUUUUUGGAAAAUUUUUUUUUGCACGGUGCAAAAAAUUUUUUCCGACUGCACUGUGCGAAAUUUUUUGUUUUUUAAUUUCGCACAGUGCAGUGAAUUUUUAAAUCCAAAAUAUUGAAAGAUAUAAUAAAAUAAGAUGGUAAGUGAAUGGUAAGACGUUUUUUAGAAGUGUUUAUAAAAAAAUUGGCAAGGGGAGACCAGUUGAAAUGGUCUUGCACUGUGCGAAAUUUGCGAAAAUUUUUUGUUUGCACAGUGCGGUGAAUUUGAAAAGAAAAAUUAUUGAAAAAAUAGUAAAUAAGGUGACAAGGGAAAUUUCAGAAACGAUUUUCAGUAGGCUGUGAAUUUUUUGAAUUGUUUUUUUCACUGUGCGAAAUUUUUUUUCCGACUGCACUGUGCGAAAUUUUUUGUUUUUUAAUUUUGCACAGUGCAGUGAAUUUUCAAAUCCAAAAUAUUGAAAGAUAUAAUAAAAUUAGAUGAUAAGUGUAAGACGCUUUUUAGAAGUGUUUAUAAAAAAUUUGGCAAGGGGCGAUCAGUUGGAAUUUUCUUUGCACGGUGCGAAAUUUCCGAAAAUUUUUUUUUUUUUUUGCACAGUGCAGUGAAUUUUCAAAUCCAAAUUAUUGAAAAAUGUAGUAAAAUAAGGUGGCAAGGGAAAUUCCAGAAAUGAUUUUUAAUAGGCUGUGAAAUUUUUGAAUUGUUUUUUGCACGGUGCGAAAUUUUUUUCCGACUGCACUGUGCGGAAUUUUUUGUUUUUUAAUUUUGCACAGUGCAGUGAAUUUUCAAAUCCAAAUAAUUUAGAAAUGUAGUAAGAUAGGGUGAAAAGGGAAUGGUAACACGUGUUUUAGAAGUGUUUAUAAAAAAUUUGGCAAGGGGAGACCAGUUGAAAUGGUCUUGCACGGUGCGAAAUUUGCGAAAAUAUUUUGUUUGCACAGUGCGGUGAAUUUGAAAAAAAAAAAAAUUAUUGUAAAAAUAGUAAAAUAAGGUGGCAAGGGAAAUUCCAGAAACGAUCUUUCAGAGGCUGUGAAAUUUUUGAAUUUUUUUUUGCACGGUGCAAAAGAUUUUUUCCGACUGCACUGUGCCAAUUUUGCACAGUGCAAUGAAUUUUCAAAUCCAAAUUAUUGGAAGAUAUAAUAAAAUAAGAUGGUAAGUGAAUGGUAAGACGUUUUUUAGAAGUGUUUAUAAAAAAUUUGGCAAGGGGAGAUAAGUUGAAAUGGUCUUGCACUGUGCGAAAUUUGCGAAAAUUUUUUGUUUGCACAGUGCGGUGAAUUUGAAAAGAAAAAUUAUUGAAAAAAUAGUAAAUAAGGUGACAAGGGAAAUUUCAGAAACGAUUUUCAGUAGGCUGUGAAUUUUUUGAAUUGUUUUUUUCACUGUGCGAAAUUUUUUUUCCGACUGCACUGUGCGAAAUUUUUUGUUUUUUUUAAUUUUGCACAGUGCAGUGGAUUUUUAAAUCCAAAUUAUUGGAAGGUAUAGUAAAAUAAGGUGACAAAGGAAUAGUAAAAGGUUUUUUAGAAGGCUUCACGAAAACUUAUGGCAAGGGGAGACCAGUUGAAAUGGUCUUGCACUGUGCGAAAUUUGCGAAAAUUUUUUGUUUGCACCGUGCGGUGAAUUUGAAAUGAAAAAUUUUGCGAGAUAACGCAAAAUAAAGGGGUAAAAAAUGGCAUGGGUCUUUUUGAAGGGCUGAAAAAAAUAUGGCAAGAGGGGACCAACUGGAAUUGCGAUUUUUUAAAAAUUUUUUCGGAUAUGACAAUAAAAGCCAAGUGUAAUAUAAAUUCCGAAUUUGCAGAGCCCACCCAUUCAACGACACCAUCGCCCUGGAGCAGUCGAUAAACCGCACCAACCAACAGCAACAACAGCCCGACGUGAACGUGGACGAGGUCAGCAUGGAGGACGCGGACGAGUCGGAACAGGUCUCAUUUUAA